AUGAUGGAACAACUAGCUUUACAGCAACAAAUCGAGCUGCUUCAGCAACAACAACAGCAUAUCGCUGCGACACACCAACAAUAUGUAAACAUGGGUUAUCUGCAGCCCCAGCAGCCUCUACAGCAUGUUGCAAAUGCCUACAAUCCUGCCAUCCAAGGACAGGCUAGUCUUGGAGGUUUAUCAUCUCAUGGAAACGCAUUUCAGUUCCCACAAGUGCAGCAACAGCAGCUCGGUAUUCCUAUGAACAAUCAAAAUCAGUCGUCUCAUCGUCGAAAUCAGUCUGCAAUCUCUAAUGUCGGUGCCGGGCCACCCCCUGCCCCUUCUUCUGGAUCAGCAUACAAUGAUUACAAUCAGCAAGGUCAAACCCAGGGCAAUCCUACCCGUGAAGGUGGGGGCUCGUCUCGCGGUCGUGGUGCUCCUGGAGGCGGGCACCAACGUCGCCAUUCUUUAGCUCUUCCUGAAGCCAGAAAGGCUGCUGAAUUAGCUCAGCAAAAACGAACAACUUCUGGCUUUCAAUUCCCAAUUCCUGGUUCUUCUGGCGGCUCCAAUACAGGACAAGCUGAAGUUGUUUCUGCACCGGAUGAGCAGGGAGUCCAGAACACCGGUGCACCUCAGGGCUCACAAGGUCUCGGUGUUCAACGGGCUAGCAAUGUUCGUGGUGGGGCUCAUAUGCGUAGCCAGUCGCUAGCUGUUGGUAAUGGCCGCGGCCCUCCUGCCAGAGGGGCUGGUGGAUUUCAAUUUCCACAAGGCGCAGACAGCUCUGGAGAUGCUUCCCGCCGAGCGAGCCACCAGGGACAUGGCCGGAAUGCCUCAAGAAACUUCGACAGUAACUGGCGCCAGCAGAGCAAUCAACCCCCAGCCCCGGAUCCGCAGAGAGGAUUCAACCAGCAACAACCGUCAGGCAACUUUCAACCCGGCCAUCGUACACGGGGCUCCACAAACCAUCAGUCUUCCGGCUCUCUUGGUCAAUUUCAAUAUUCUGGGCAGCCUCAAAUUAUUCAACUUCCCCAGGGCCCCGUUAUCAUGACGCCUCCUCAACUCUUUGCCGGACAACAACUGGGAGCUCUCCAGCUUGCUCAGCUUCAGGCCCUGCAACAAAGUGGGCAGCUCAAUGGGCAGAAUGUUACUCUGCAAGGUAAUCAACAGGUAAACCCUCAGCUUACUCAACAACAGCAGCAACAGCAGCCACGCAAGACCUUGUUCACUCCUUAUCUACCCCAGGCGAACGUACCUGCCCUGCUCAGUGACGGCCAACUCGUCACGGGCAUUUUAAGAGUUAACAAAAAGAAUCGUUCAGACGCAUAUGUCACCACCCCUGAUCUUGAUGCAGACAUCUUCAUCUGUGGUAGCAAAGACAGAAACAGAGCUCUUGAGGGUGACCUUGUUGCCAUAGAGCUUCUAGAUGUUGAUGAAGUGUGGAGUCAGAAGCGUGAGAAAGAGGAGAAAAAGAAACGCAAGGAUAUUACCGAUACUAGAAGCGGCAGCGGUGCCGGCCUGGAAAAGGGAAGGUCGGAUUCUACUACCAAUGGGGAUUCACAAGUUGGCCCGGAUGGAAGUAUUCGUCGACGAGGAAGUCUUCGUCAACGGCCAACGCAAAAGAAAAACGAUGAUGUGGAAGUUGAAGGUCAAAGUCUUUUACUUGUUGAAGAAGAUGAGAUCAGUGAUGACCACAAGCCAUUGUACGCGGGUCACGUAGUUGCUGUGAUAGAACGUGUCGCUGGCCAAAUGUUCUCUGGUUCCCUUGGCCUCCUUCGACCUAGCAGCCAAGCAACAAAAGAGAAACAAGAAGCCGAACGGCAGGCAAGAGACGGUGCUCACAAUCGACCUCAACAGGAUCGCCAUCAGGACAAGCCAAAGAUUGUUUGGUUUAAACCUACAGACAAACGUGUUCCCCUAAUUGCUAUACCUACUGAACAGGCCCCUAGAGAUUUUGUUGAAAGGCACCAGGAUUAUGCAAACAACAUUUUCGUCGCCGCCAUUAAACGAUGGCCUAUCACCUCUCUACAUCCGUUCGGCACUCUCGUCGAACAGUUGGGCCAGAUGGGUAACUUGAAUGUUGAGACCGACGCGCUCUUACGAGACAAUAAUUUCGCCUCCGAUGAAUUUUCCGACGCCGUCCUGAAGAAUGUCGGUUUCGAAAACUGGUCCCUUGAUGAUGAGACCGCUGCCUCACUGGAGUCUCGCCAUGACUUCCGUAAUGAGAAAGUGUUUUCAAUUGAUCCUAAUGGCUCGAAGGAAUUGGAUAACGCUGUUCAUGUGAAACAGCUUCCUGAUAAUAAAGUAGAAAUUGGCUUUCAUGUCGCCGACGUUGCACAUUUCAUCAAAGCGACUGCGCUGGUUGACAGAGAAGCAAAGAAGCGUGGCACCGGAGUCUAUCUGAUGACCCGCGUGGUAAAAAUGCUACCUCCCCGUCUCUGUGAGGAAAUAUGCUCUCUCCAUCCAGGCCAAGAUCGCUUGACCGUCAGUGUUGUCUGCAAGGUGGAUCCAAAAACGGGCGCCGUGGAAGAGGAGCCUUGGAUUGGGAAAGGCAUAAUCCAGAGUUCCGGAAAGUUGACUUAUGCCGAGGUUGAUGCUGUUCUCGCUGGGAAAGGUAGCCAACUCAGUGCGGCUACUCUCGCUGAUAUCAAAUUGCUGAGUGAUAUUACCUCAAAAUUCAGAGAAGCUCGCUUUGGCCACCGAUCUACUGAUAUUCCAUCACUCAGGCUUUUCUAUCAAGUUGAUGAUGAAAAUGUUCCUGUUUUGCAUAAUAUUUUCAAUUCGUCUCCAGCACACGAGCUCAUGGAAGAACUGAGCCACAAGACAAACUCCAUUAUUGCCAAACGUCUUUUUGCUGCUUCUCCGGAAAAAGCCUUUCUCCGACGACAAGCGCCCCCCAAUUUCAGACGACUGAGAACGUUUGUUGACAGGAUGGCGCGGCUUGGGUUCGAAAUCGAUUCUACUAGUAGUGGUACUUUACAAGACAGCCUUUUCAAAGUUGAGGAUAUUGAUUUGCGAAAUGGUAUGGAGACCAUUUUGAUCAAAGCAAUGCGCCGAGCAAAAUAUUAUGUUGCUGGAUCUGUUCGGGAUGAAGAUCGCCAGCACUAUGCGCUCAAUCUUCCUCUUUACACCCAUUUUACAAAUCCGUCCCGGCGUUAUGCAGACAUCAUUGUUCAUCGCCAGUUGGAGGCGAUAUUAAAAGGUGUCGACCUGCCUGACGACAUUACAAAUUUAACAAAAACUGCCGAGCACUGCAACAAUAAAAAGGACUCCGCUCAGAUUGCACAGGAGCAGAGUGUUCACAUUGAAUCCUGCCGGAUCAUUGACAAGAAAAGACAGGAAGUUGGAGGCGACCUUAUUACCGAAGGCAUUGUCCUCUCUGUCUAUGAAUCCGCCUUUGACGUGCUUAUUCCAGAAUACGGUUUUGAGAAGCGAGUGCACUGUGACCAACUUCCAUUAAAGAAGGCCGAAUUCCGCAAGGACGAACGGGUGCUUGAACUCUACUGGGAAAAAGGCGUCCCUUCCUCGGCAUACAUUCCCGAGGACGAACGGGUCAAACCUACCCUAAGUACCCGCGCUGCUACGGCUGCUGCUGCUGCGCGGCAAGCGGAAGAAGCCAAGCAAAAGGCAAUGGAAAGGGAAGAAGCUCAAAGAAAACAAACAGAAACAGGAACGAUGUCAACAGAUGAUGUUGACGCCCUCUUUGACGACGACGAUGAUAUGUCCGAGAUUGCAGAAAUGGUAUCCGGUGUAUCUUUGGGAGACCGCUCUACUCAAAGCAUGCCCCCUUCCCCAACCAGGAAUGGUCACGCUCAAGGCCCCCAUCGGACUCAAUCCGAUCCAAAAAUAGCCGUGAGUGCUGCCGAUGCUCCGGAGUCCAAAUUAACCAACAAAGAGAAAUACCUUAAUCUCUUUAAACUCCGUGAGGAAGAUGGAGAGUACAUCCAAGAUGUGACUGAGAUGACCCGAGUUCCCAUCAUCCUAAAGACUGACCUCUCUAAGAGCCCACCGUAG